AUGGCUGCCGCGUUUUUGGGAGGUUCUGAAACACUAUUUAUUGUUACAUUCCAGGUUCCGUAUAAUAAGGGUGUUACUUGGCCCGCUAUUUUAUUCGGUGUUCUUGCCAUGGUCUUUAUCAUAAUAGGGUUCAUUCCCAUCUAUUACGAGCUCUGGAAGAGACAGGGCCGAGUUGUUGAGAUCACCUCAUCCUCGAACUCAGAAUCUUCAUCAGACACUUCAUCUAGAAACUCCGCUUCUGUGAGACUGUGUCAGGCAGCGAAAGCGCAUGGCAUGAGUUUUGAUGAGUUCAUGCGGCUGGAAAGGGAUGGGGGCAACAGCAGCAGCAGCAGCAGCAGCAGUAGUAGUAGUAUUUCUGCACACUGUGAACUUGGAUGUUCCCCCGACGACUGCGCUCGCAAGUCGCCGCCGCCAUACGCUGUGCCGAAUGUAAAUCUUGAGGGCGGAACAAACCAUGUUAUUGCUGCAUUGCACAUUGGGGAGAUUGAUGCAGUCACGCUGUGA